CCUCCUCCGCCGACGCCUCCCUCCUCCUCCUCCUCCUCGCCAGGUCCCAGCCCCGCACUGUCUCGGUAUAAAAGCGCCGCCGCCUCCCCGCCCUCCCUCACUCGCCCGGCUGCCUGGAGCGCGGUGGUGCCUCUGGAGCGCGCGGUUUUGUGGCUGUUUUUUUCCCGCCCCUCGCGAGGGAAGGAGGGAGGGAGGGAGGCGCCUCUUUGGAACUAAAAGCCUUUUCGUCCCGCCGCCUCUCCUCUCUCGUCGCCGCUGCCUGAGGGGAGAAAAGGCGAGGAGGAGGAGGAGGAGAGGGGCUUUGCCAGGAUGGCGACGGUGGUGCUGGAAGCGGAGACGGAGCCGUCUUGUAGCCUCCCCAACGCGGUGCCCCCCUCGCCCAGCCUGUCGCACCGCUUUCUCGACAGCAAAUUCUACCUCCUGGUCGUUAUAGGCGAGCUGGUCACCGAGGAGCAUCUGAGGAGAGCCAUAGGCAAUAUCGAGCGAGGGAUCCGGUCAUGGGACACAAACCUUAUUGAAUGCAACUUGGAUCAAGAACUUAAGCUUUUUGUGUCUCGCCAUUCGGCUCGAUUCUCUCCAGAUGUACGGGGUCAGAAAAUCCUUCACCACAGAAGUGAUGUCUUAGAAACUGUAGUCCUCAUCAACCCUUCCGAUGAAGCUGUCAGUACUGAGGUGCGCUUAAUGAUCACAGAUGCUGCUAGACACAAACUCCUGGUACUAACUGGGCAGAGUUUUGAAAAUACAGGCGAGCUCAUUCUUCAAUCAGGCUCCUUCUCAUUUCAGAAUUUUAUUGAGAUCUUCACUGACCAGGAGAUUGGAGAGUUAUUGAGCACGACUCAUCCUGCCAACAAAGCGAGCUUAACACUAUUCUGCCCUGAGGAAGGGGAUUGGAAGAAUUCAAACCUAGACAGACACAACCUUCAAGAUUUCAUCAACAUUAAGCUAAACUCUGCCUCUAUCUUGCCUGAAAUGGAAGGACUUUCUGAAUUCACAGAGUACCUGUCAGAAUCAGUGGAAGUGCCAUCACCUUUUGAUAUCUUGGAGCCACCAACAUCAGGAGGUUUCCUGAAGCUUUCAAAACCUUGCUGUUACAUUUUCCCAGGUGGAAGAGGAGAUUCUGCAUUAUUUGCAGUCAACGGAUUCAACAUGCUCAUCAAUGGGGGAUCAGAAAGAAAAUCUUGUUUCUGGAAACUCAUUCGACAUUUGGACAGAGUGGAUUCAAUUCUGCUCACCCACAUUGGAGAUGAUAACCUGCCAGGGAUUAAUAGCAUGUUGCAACGGAAAAUAGCUGAAUUAGAAGAGGAACAGUCUCAAGGCUCCACUACCAACAGUGACUGGAUGAAAAAUCUAAUUUCACCUGAUUUAGGAGUUGUAUUCCUUAAUGCCCCUGAAAGCCUAGGAAACCCCGAUCCUAAUUUUCAGUUAAAAAGAAGUGUAGAGGAGGCUUGCUUUACCCUGCAGUACUUAAAUAAGCUGUCUGUGAAACCAGAGCCUCUUUUUAGAAAUGUGGCAAACAGCACUGAACCAAUUAUCCUUUUUCAAAAAAUGGGAGUAGGUAAGCUUGAGAUGUAUGUGCUCAACCCAGUCAAAAGCAGCAAAGAGAUGCAAUAUUUUAUGCAUCAGUGGACGGGUACAAGCAAAGAUAAAGCUGAGCUGGUGCUACCAAAUGGUCAGGAGGUAGACAUCCCAGUUUCCUAUUUGACUUCCAUCUCAUCCUUGAUUGUAUGGCAUCCUGCAAACCCUGCUGAAAAAAUAAUCAGAGUUCUUUUCCCAGGAAACAGUACCCAAUAUAGCAUACUAGAUGGACUAGAAAAACUCAAACAUUUAGACUUUCUUAAGCAACCAACAGUUACACAGAAAGACCUAACGGGUAACAUGGUGAGCCCAGCAGUAAAACAAACUAAACUGAAGCAGCGAGCAGACAGUAAGGAAAGUCUUAAGCCGGCUGCAAAAUCCCUGUCUAGCAAGACAGUCAGAAAAGAAUCAAAAGAGGAGGCGUCUGACACAGGGAAGACUAGCCCACCUGAAAAGACUCAAAGGGUAGAAAGUAAAGAAAAAACAACCACAAAAAAGGACAAACCAGCAAAAGCUGAGACUAGGCUUUCUGUGACAGAAAAGGAUCUGACAGCUAAGGAACAGCAGCUGGCAAAAUCUGAAACAAUUGAAAAACAAGCAGCAGAUGUCAAACCAAAAGUAGUAAAGGAGAAGCAUGUGAGAAAGGAAGUGAAAGUAAAAUCUGAGGAAAAGCAAGAGGAGAAAGAAAAGCCAAAGAAAGAGGUGUCUAAGAGAGAAGAAAGGAUAGUGGCUAAGAAAGAGGAAAAGCCUAAAAAGGAAGAUACCAAGAAAGAUGUGAAGAAAGAAUCUAAAAAAGAAUCAAAGAAAGAAGCUCCCCCAAAAGAAUCUAAAAAAGAAGAGAAAAAGGAGAGCAAAAAAGAAGAAAAGAAGGAGCCCAAAAAGCUUCUCAAAGAAACAAAGAAAACAUCUGCCUCUCUGCCGGAGUCGAAAAAGACUACAACAAAGCCAAAGCCACAAAAGAAGGAAGAGUCUGUCAGGAAAGAAAGUGGGCUUGUUGGGAAACCAAAAGAAAAAGUUAAAAGCAAGACAGCAAAGAAAGAGAUCAAGGCUGCCGAAACGCCUGCUGCAGUGGCUGCUCUGGGAGCUGUCGCUGCCACGGUAGCAGCUGUAGGUGUUGCAGCUGCUGGAAAAGAACUCGAAGCGGAGAGGUCCCUUAUGUCUUCACCAGAAGAUUUAACCAGAGACUUUGAAGAACUAAAAGCUGAAGAAGUUGAAGUAGUAAAGGAAACAAAGCCUCAGGUAGAGAUAAUAGAAAAAGAAGGCAAGUUAACUGAUAUAGAACAAAAGGAUUAUGAAGUUCAGAAAGAAAAAACAGAAGGGCCUGCUGAUUCUCCUGAUGAAGGCAUAACUACCACUGAACCUGAGGGUGAAUGUGAACAAACUCCUGAAGAGCUGGAGCCUGUAGAAAAGGACAGGGUUGAUGACAAUGAAAAGUUUGAGGAUGAAGGAACAGGUCUCGAGGAAUCUUCUGAGGCAGGGGACUAUGAAGAAAAGGCUGAGACAGAGGAAGCCGAAGAACAAGUUGUCAAUGAGGAAGAAGAGGCACCACUAGGCCUCAGAAAACAAGACCUGAGGGAUAAAAUAGAAACUGGGGAGACUGAAAAAGAAAUGGCUGGAGCAUUUGAGCAUGAAAAAGCUAAAGAUUUGAGAUAUGAUGAAAAAGCAGAAUUUAGAGCAGAGGGUGAAGAGCGAGACGAAGAACAUGUAGAUGAAAUGGUUGAAAAGGCAGAAACAGAAGAGAAUGAGGAGGAAGACAAAACUGAGGAUGUCAGAGAUGAAGAUGAAACUGAAAAAAUAGAAGCUGAAGAGGAUUAUGUUAUGGCUGUGGUGGACAAAGCAGCAGAAGCUGGUGAGAUUGAUGAUAAAUAUGGCAUGCACCUAACCACUCCAGCUAAGUACUCAGAACCUCCAUCUCCUGCUAAAGAACCAGCAUCUUCAAUCCAUGAUGAAACGCUACCUGGUGGUUCAGAAAGUGAAGCAACUGUUUCAGAUGAAGAAAACAGAGAAGACCAGCCUGAGGAAUUCACUGCUACUUCAGGUUAUACCCAGUCCACCAUUGAAAUAUCCAGUGAGCCAACUCCAAUGGAUGAAAUGUCAACUCCAAGGGAUGUGAUGAGUGAUGAGACUAAUAAUGAGGAAAGUGACUCCCCUUCCCAAGAAUAUGUUAACAUUACCAAGUAUGAAUCAACACUGUACUCUCAAGAAGUUACUAGGACUAAACUUUCUCCCCUUCCUGAUGCUUUCAAUGGGCUAUCUGAAGGAUCUAAAACUGAUGCUACUGAGGGCAAAGACUAUAAUGUUUCAGCUUCUACAAUUUCACCGUCUUCUUCCUUAGAGGAAGACAAAUUUGGCAAAUCUUCCUUCCAAGAUCUGUACCGCCAACGAGAAAGUGAAGUCAAGAGUACUAGUAAACUAGAAAUUUCAGAAGCUUUGGAUGACAAGCAUAGCCCAACUAAGAGUCCAGAUGAAAGUCCAACCCCUCUGUCACCUGUUGCUAAAACACCUCUAAGUGAACGUAGUGUGAACUUUUCACUGACUCCUAAUGAGAUUAAAGUGACAUCGGAACCUGCAGCUCUCACAGCACUCUCUGAAAAACAUGAAACCCAUGAAGAGCACUGCCCCAGUCCCGAUGAUAAAACAUUAGAAGUGGUGUCCCCUUCCCAAUCAGCUGCUGGUAGUGCUGGACAUACACCAUAUUAUCAAUCUCCCACAGAUGAAAAAUCAAGUCAACUUCCUUCUGAAACUACUGGAAAAGCAGAUGCUUCAUUCAGCUUUGAAGUUAGUGAUACCAAAGAUAAUAUUACAAAACACAGACUAAGCCCAAUGGAUGAACCAGUGCCUGACUCUGAAUUGCCUUCUGAAAAAGUGCUCUCACCUUUACGAAGCCCCCCACUGAUUGGUUCAGAGUCUUCCUAUGAUGCAUUUUUGAGUGGUGAUGUAAUAUCUUCUGCUAGAGAAACUGACAGUCCCUUUGAAAAGAAGAGUGAAAGAGAUGGUUCUCCUUCACAGAAGAGCCCAGUUUCUGAUGCUGCUUCUACAAACCUUUUCCAAGAACAGCAAGUUGAAAACGAUGUACAGCUUUCACCAACAAAAUUGGACUUUGUCCUAGAAAAGAAAAAGGAUGACUUAGAAACUUCAGAAACUCAGCCUUCAUUGGUUUUGGAUGAAAGGAAGCUAGGAGAGGUUUCUCCUACACAGGUAGAUAUUAGUCAUUUUAGUUGUUUCAAAGAAGACACCAAGAUGUCGAUCUCUGAAGGUACAGUCUCUGAUAAAUCUGCAACACCUGUUGAUGAAGUUGUAGCAGAAGACACUUACUCACAUAUUGAAGGAGUUGCCUCUGUUUCCACAGCAUCUGUCGCUACUAGUUCAUUCCCAGAACCAACCACUGAUGAUGUAUCUCCUUCACUGCAUGCUGAAGUUGGAUCCCCGCAUUCUACUGAAGUAGACGAUUCUCUUUCUGUAUCUGUUGUUCAGACACCAACAACAUUUCAGGAAACAGAAAUGUCUCCAUCUAAAGAGGAGUGCCCAAGACCUAUGUCCAUUUCUCCCCCAGAUUUCUCCCCUAAAACAGCAAAAUCAAGGACACCAGUUCAAGAUCAUAGGUCUCCUGAGCAAUCAACUAUGUCAGUAGAAUUUGGGCAAGAUUCUCCUGAGCAGUCUUUGGCAAUGGACUUCAGCAGACAGUCUCCUGAACAUCCAAUAGUAGGUGCUACUAUGCACCAUAUAUCUGAAAAUGGUCCAACUGAAGUCGAUUAUAGCCCUACAGACAUGCAGGAGCACCCUUUUGCAAAUAAAAUAUCACCAGUGGAACAAGCAUGUUUUGGCAAUGACAAGGAUAUUUCUGAGAUUAUUUCAGUAUCUCAGAUAGAAGCUUCGCCCUCUUCCUCCUCUGCUCAUACACCAUCACAGGCAAGUUCUCCACUACAAGAAGAAACUAUAUCAGGUGUCACUCAGCCUAGUGAUAUGCCCUUACAUUCUGCAUUUCCAUCAGAAAAAGUGAACAGCCUUGGAGAAAAACUUUCACCAAAAUCUGAUUUAUCUCCACUAACACCACGGGAAUCUUCUCCUCUAUACUCACCUGGUUUUUCAGAUUCACCUCCUGUGAUGAAAACAACUACUGCCGCUUGCCACUCACCUCCAUUAUCAUUGCACAUGUCCCCCGACAAAUCAUUUGGUUAUCAUACCUCAAUAGUUGAAGACCCUUUAACAAAACAUAGCCAAGAGCUUUUAGCCUUUACGGACCAGGAAGACAUUCAGGAAACAACCAGAUCGCCUGAAGAUCUUAAAUAUUCUUAUAAUGGAACUGGAAAAACCACCAGAUCACCUGAGGCUGUUAGUUAUUCCUAUGACAAAACAGAGCACACCACUGGAUCCCCUGAAGCUCUUGAUUAUUCCUAUGUUGCGACAGGGAAAACCACCAGAUCACCUGAGGCUGAUAGUUACUCCUAUGAAACAACAGAGAAAGUCACUAAGUCACCAGAAGCCUUUGAUUACUCCUAUGAAAAAUCCACCAGAUCAUCUGAGUCUGUCAGCUACUCUUAUGAGACCACUGGAAAAACACACAUAUCUGCUGAGGCAGUCAGCUAUUCUUAUGAGACCCCUGGGAAAACUAGCAAGUCAUCUGAGACUGUCAGUUACUCUUACGAAGUGAGUGGGAAAGCCAUGAGAUCCCCGGACACUGCUAGCUACCACCAUGAGGCUGAUAAGUACUUUGUUUCAGAAAAACCAGAAACCCGUCAAGAUGUUGAUUUGUGCCUCGUUACAUCUUGCGAAUACAAGCAUCCCAAAACAGAACUUUCUCCCUCCUUUAUCAACCCUAACCCCUUGGAAUGGUUUGCUAGUGAAGAACAGUCUCAAGAGCAAGAGAAGCCGUUAACUCAGUCUGGAGGAGCACAGCCGCCUUCAGGGGGAAAACAGCAAGCGCGCCUGUGUGGAGAAACUCCUCCAACCUCCGUCAGCGAAUCUGCCCCAUCACAGACGGAUUCAGACGUGCCGCCCGAAACAGAAGAGUGCCCUUCUAUUACAGCAGAUGCUAACAUUGACUCGGAAGAUGAAUCUGAGACUAUUCCAACAGAUAAAACCAUUACAUAUGAACACAUUGACCCUCUGCCAGUCCCCAUGCAAGAUCGCAGUCCGUCGCCUAGACACCCUGACGUCUCCAUGGUAGACCCAGAAGCCUUGCCUAUCGAUCAGAACUUAGGCAAACCAUUGAGGAAGGAUCUGAAAGAAAAGACAAAGACGAAAAAGCAGGGCACUAAGACCAAGUCUUCCUCUCCUUCCAAGAAGAGCGACGGCAAAUCAAAACAGGUGGCUUCACCAAAGCCUGCUGGCUUGAAGGAUUCGCUGGAUAAAGUUUCCAGAACAGCUUCUCCAAAGAAGAAGGAGUCCGUGGAGAAAGCUGCCAAAAAUGUCUCUACUCCAGAGAUAAAAUCUUCCCGUAAUGAGGAGAAAGAUAAGGAGACAAAGAAUGCAGCCAACUCUACAACAUCAAAGUCGGCAAAGACUGCAACUGCAGGACCUGGAAAUGUAAAACAAACAAAAUCUAUAGCUGUGCCUCCAGGACCUCCUGUGUAUUUGGAUCUGGUCUAUAUUCCCAACCACAGCAACAGCAAGAAUGUCGAUGUAGAGUUUUUCAAGAGGGUGAGGUCAUCCUACUACGUGGUGAGUGGGAAUGAUCCUGCUGCUGAAGAACCGAGCAGGGCUGUCCUGGAUUCUCUGCUGGAGGGCAAGGCUCAGUGGGGAAGCAACAUGCAGGUGACCUUAAUCCCUACCCAUGAUUCGGAGGUGAUGAGGGAAUGGUAUCAAGAGACCCAUGAGAAACAACAGGACCUUAACAUCAUGGUACUGGCGAGCAGCAGCACUGUUGUUAUGCAAGAUGAAUCUUUCCCUGCAUGCAAGAUUGAACUGUAGAAAAAGAAAAAGAAAAAAAGCAAUGCAUCACAACCUUAAACUUUGUUUCCAGACAUUCUUCAAUUUGAAAACACCUUUUCUAAUGUAACCCAUCUAAUUCAGCUGCCGAACUAUAUAUAUAUAUAUACCUGCCAAAUGCUAUACUGUAUCACAGUGAUGCAAGUCACUAAUCUUUUUUUUUCCAGUCUUUUGCUGAUUGCUAAGGGAAAUAACAGUAUUCCCACCAUAGGGUUCAAAUUACUGCAAAACCUGCAGAUUCUGGUUCAUCUCCGCUGAACAGUUGGAAACCAUGCACUAGCAAACACUGCUGACUUCUGCCAGGUAUGGGGGCGUUUGCCCUUGAGAGAAGGACAGGGAGAGAAAGCGAGAGAGAGGAGUAGAGGAGAAUAAAAUCAUUAGUUUUGCAUUACUCUCAAAGCAAUCAAUAUAUUGCUUCCUGCAGUCUGCCAUCACAUAAAAAAGAAAGAUGUAGGUUUGCAUUAGUCUGAAUUACUGCAAGAGCGGGCGUUUUUAAUUUAGUGACAAAAUUAGCUAGAAAAUUACGUGAAACCGAUUGUGGCUUUGAAGGGACGUAAGAUACAAAACACUCACUUGCUGUUGGCAACUUCACUUUGAACAUGUCAUAUUCGCGUCACAGAACUCUCCUAGGCAAUAUAUGCAAGUAGUUUGAACCCCAUUCGGUUUAACAUGCAAACAUGUUGGUCUAAGGCAUGCUCCCAGUGAAAAAUACAUCUAGUCUACGCUUAAAUUCGACAAACUUGCAUGCUGAAACACCCAAGUCACACUCAAGUUUACUGAAGCAACAUACCAAAGCAGUUGGGAGUACCUAUGGUAGACAAUUUGCCUUAGAAUGUGACUUGAAUGUACAAAGAUACUUGAUGCACUUAUUUUUUAAAUGCAAGAUAGCAAGUUUAUAAAAACAUCUGUGUAGGAUUAUAGUUACACCAGUACAGAAGUAUGCGUGUGCAUGUGUGCUACUGGAAACCUCUCUGAUUGGUCAAACAGCUUGGUGCUAUGAAUUAUGCAUGUAAGUUGAGCACUUCAUUUGUGCACCUGAACAGCAAGCCUUUUAUUUUUAUUUUUAUUUUUUGAAAGUCUGCUUUUUCUCCUCCUCCCCCUUUUCCCUUGUGAAAGAAAGGGUGCGCCCGGUACCAGAAAUUAACACAUACAGAAUGUUGCAAAAGGUUCUCUGCACUCUGUACAGUCUUUUGGAGCCUUGUCUCACCUUAUUUUGACUGUUAAUUUAAGAGCGAAUAUGGGAACAAAUGUACAGAUUUGAUUUUUUUUUUUAGCUAGGUGCGAACUUUUAAUAGAUGAAUUUUUAAACAGAAGUUUGGUUUACAGGAAAAUUGCAAAGAAAAAAAAUCAGGUGAAGAGAUUUUUUUUUUAAGUAGUUUUGUAAGACAAGUGCGUAAUGUUAUUUUGAGGUUCUGGUGAGAAUGAAGUACUGUAUUUAUUGAAUAUAGUUAACUGCCGAUAAUAAUUUUGCAGGGAGCACACUAAAAAAUGCUAUUAUGUGUCAGUGAUUAAAGAACCCGAGAACUAAAAUGCAGGCUGGCUUCCUUUUCGCCAGGAGACUGCCUGGGUUCUGGGCUGGCCCAAGGGCACAAGCAACCCAAGGACUUGCUAGUGGCAAUGUUUUUUUGGAGGCGGGAUGUAUCAACAAAAGCAGCUUAUGAUUGGCAGUUGCACCGUGGCAUUCUUUGGGAUGCUGCUGCAAUGCACUUGUCCAACUGUUCAGGGCUACUAGUUGGGGCAGCAGAAGAACUGGCUCUACCUACUGUAGGUUUUCCUUUCUCCUGGUACCUGUCUUAAAAUUAGCUCAAGCAAGUUCGUGCUCCCCGUAUUUACAGAUCCCUUCCAAAAGAAAAACUAGGAUUGUGUGAAUGUUGCAAUUCUGUGAAGGGUGCAGAAAAGCUGAUUACAGAAUUCAGCUUUCUGAGAAUUUCAGCGCUCUUCCUCUCUCUUUAACCCUUAUGGUUACAGGGAGGACCUAGAGGAGUGGCUGGCGGGAAUCUCGGUACCCUGUGGAGCCUUUUGCAUUUUCCCAAGAUUAGCAGUCAGAAAAUUAAUUAUGCAACAUAAGAGAAGUCAUGCAAAUGUGCAUAAUUUAUGCAUCUUGCAGAAUUAAGCUUCAGUUGUCACAGAAUUUGUGUUACCUUGGGGCAGAAGUUUUGAUUUUUUUAAAAAGCCAAUGAUCACGCACAGCUUGAGGGAAGGCUACUCAUUAUUAAGGCAGUUGUCAAAGGGUUAGGGCAUCACAGAACCUGUGGUAGUACCUGAAGCUUCAUGGAAAUCUUACUGGUGCUGGUAGAAUAUCUUGAGGACGGGGUCGCAGUUAUCACUGCAUAUAACAAUAUCCAUUACGCUUUAUUUUGUGGUUUUGUAAGGAAUUUACAUGACCGCCGUAAUAGGAAUUUGCUUUGUUCUGUGCCAAUUGUUUUUUUGCAGAAGGCUUUGAUUCCCUAAAUAGUGGAUUUUAUAUCGUUUUAUUUUCUAUUAUAAUUUAUUUCAAUGGUUAACAUUGUUUAUUUUUAUUUUAUAGAUGUGUAUUUGCACUGCUAAUUUUUUGAAAAUUAUUUUUCAUACUACUACAACCCCCCUUUUAAUUUGGGCUGUGUUAGCCCAGUUAAUGCUGUGAAAUAUUGUUUGUUAAAUGUUUUGUGCAUUUUUUAAAAAAAGUUCUAAUAUUUUAUUUUUGUUUGACUUUUGUAGCGAUGCUACUUUAUUUAUUCUUUCACCCAGGUCAUUCAAAAGCUUGUGUUCUUGUGGUCUCUUUGCUUUUAUUGGAACAAUAUACAUGGAAGCAACUAGUAGUAGUUUGGGACUCGCGUCCUUAAAAAUUCCAUAUGAUUGUGGUACGAAAGACAAAGGGAAAUGUACUGUGGAAAGAGGCAGAAUUUCUAAGUGUAUGUACAAUGCUUCUUUCCUAAUGUGAACAGCUCAAACCUAAAGAGGAAUUUGCACCACAGCACAGAGUGGUUUGUCCCAGUAUAGUUAAAACAGAAUCCUGAAGUGGGGGAAGUUAGUUCCACUACUUGUAAUUUGAAACUGCUGGCAUCAUGAAGCUGAAAUGCUACAUAGCUGAUAAGCCUUGGGUAUUACUCCUGCCUGCCCCUUUUGCAGCUCAACACUAGUUUUUCGUAGCCCAGCUACACAGCAUCUCUGAUGUGGUUCAUCUUGGGCAGUGCCCUCGUCCACACUGGAUGAGUUAGCGCAAUACCAUCAACAGCACAUUAAGUGUGCUGAUGCUCUGGCCACAGCUGUUACUGCACCACAUCCUGAGCUUGCCUUGUUAGCUAAGGGUCAAGGAGGAUUGGCCUUUUACAGUCUUAAUCCCAUUAUGGAUCGAGCAGCAAGUCUUGCUGAGUGCAGUGGGGCUUAUUCCCAAGUAGGUCUCCAGGGUUCUGCAGCUUUGGGUCUACCAAGUUACUAACACAAUAUUCCAUUUAUCAAUGAACUGUGCAGAAAUGAUUUGUUUUAUGAUCUGCCCCCCACUUUAUAUGUAAGCAGAAAUUAAAUCAUUUUUUAGUGGGAGUAUAUUUUAUAAACAUAUUGCAAAUAAAUAAAUAGAAGAAUGUCGUUAACAGCAAGCGAGUAUGUGAAAGUAGCCACUUGGCCUGUUUCCAAACAAGCUGCUUCUUUUAAUUAAAAAAUGAAGACUUUCUUUUAGUUCAGCCCUAAAUAGCAAUAUUAAAUGAAUAUGUACAAAAGAGAAGCUGCCAUCUCUCCACGCCCUCCGAGAAGUGGCAGUCUUUCUAGUCAUAUGCACACCAGCAGUCCCAUAGGAGAUUAGUUGAAAUCAGCAUAGCAGUGCAGUCCUGUGUAUGCCUAACUCGGAAGUAAUCCCCACUCAGUUCAAGGGGGGCUUAUUCCCACAUAGGUGCAUGUAGGAUUGCAGCCUCAAUGGGGUUCAAAUCCGGCCUUAACAUUCCUUCACUCUAAGAACAUCCUCAAUCGUUCUCAUACAUAUUUUGUUGUAGGAACAAAAAUUUAAUCAGGUAUUUAUGUUGGGUGCACUACUUCUUCUUUUAAAUGCCUCAAAAAUGUUUGAUAGCCCCAUUCAGCUCUUGGAUAUCAGCAAACAUUUUCCUGUAUAUAAAAAAAUGGUACUCUGUACGGCUUCGUCUCCAAGAUCUCAAUUGUGCAGAAGCCAUGUCCCUGAUCAAUCUGCACACAGAAAUAUGCGCACAGGUCUGCAACCCGAUGUGCUUCUUGAGAACUGGCUCUUAGGGGUUUGAGAACCCUCCAGAACAUCUUUUCAAGGAUACAGGGCGAUGGAAAGUGUAUGAGAUGGAUACCCAUCCCCCCACCAUGAAGGGGAGUGCCUUCCUCUUGUGCAACAAUUUCUUGGGUAGCCUGCGCUAUCCGUUUCAGGAUUCUGAAUAAGAUUGCAAAAGUGGGGUAUAAAUUUUCUAAACAAAUCUGCUUUUAACGCACACACAAGUUUUAAAUGGCAGCCAAUUUUGGCGUUGUUUUUUUAUUAUUAAAACAAGCAAACUCCUCUUGACCAAAUUAAUGCCUUUCUUGCCUGUGCAACUAACCUAAUUGUGUUAGUUACAGCCAUACACAAUUAGCUUAUUGACAGUCAACCAGGAAAUGCCAUGGAUACUGAUUCUGAGCUCUGUUGCUCAGCACAGAUUACUAGAAGCAUGGUUCAAUCUUGAUUAGCCUAAUUUUAAUGUGUCAAUAUUUGAGUGCUGAUAGCACUCUAGAAAAUGAUGGUAUUACCCAUUGGUAACAUUCCCCUAAUCGUAGCCUUUAUGAUAGUACUAUUCCAUUGAAUGAAAUUCAGUGACUCUUUAGGCGAGAUCACAGUCCAUUUCCCAACUUGACAGUGCAGUCCUAUACAUGUCUACCCAGAAGCUAAUCCCCAGAGUUUGGUGGGAUUUACUCCUAGGUAAUUGUGCAUAAGAUUGUAGCCUAAAAUGGAUCUUCUUUUGCAUGCCUUUUCAUCUUCAUAUGGUGGGUCUGGUUACAACAAUUCCUACCUUUUUGAUUCCAUUCCCAUUCUUCGUCUCUUUGAGUUAUUUUUAACUUCUCAUACUGUGGUGAAUGGAUCCAAAUGUGUAUAUGAAUGUAUUUAGCUGUCUUCAAUAGCUUAAGCAGUUUAGGAACCUAAAAACACUGAACUGAGAAAAUAAAUUUGCUGGGGGAAAUUCCAAGUCUCCCUGCCCCAAUGCUUCCCGCUCCAAGGAGACGCUCUGCAUUACAGUAUAAAUUUUAUGUCCUAGGCCUCUUCUUUGUCCAUAUGUAACCAUAUGUAACAAGUUCUUGCUCAGAGGAAAAUAGUAGUUUUUGUGGUCUGGCAUUAUUAAGCAAUUGGGGGGGGGGAAUCUUUACACUUACAGAACAAAAAGAGAGUUUCUGUAAGUGAUAAUAUUCUCACUGAAUAGUUGACAAACCACCCCAAAAACAAAACAAAACAAAACAAAAAACCAGGAACAAGCAGUUCUUCAAAACGCAUUUGCAAAUUGCAUUAUUUGCCUUGUUAAAGAUGCUUGCUAUUUUAAAAGAAGAAAGUUCGCUGUGAUUUUAACUAAAUAAAUAAAAGUGCAGCAUCUAAACCUUGAACAUUUAUGGGGGGGGAAUGCUUCUCUGCACUGAAUUAGCUUUAGGAGCUCCAUUCUAUUCAUACAAGACUGGGCUGUACUCACAUUGGUAAAAGCGCAAUUCUGAAGUUCCAGGAUGCUUUCACAUGUUUGCAUGCAGCCAUUUAUUCUUCCAAACCAUGGCGAGAAAGUCUUGUUGCUGGCUGAGAAGCUCCUCACACACUCCUCUCUCUCUUGUUCCGAAUGGUCUUGUUUGUGUCGGUCUGCAGCUGUGUAUGGUUUUAUGUCUUAUAAUCCUUCAUCACCUCUAUUCUAUCCAGUCAUAUCUAAUGUAGAAAAUUAGUUUCCAGUGAAAGUAAUAUGUAGUGCUUUUAUGAUAUUUGUGUGCAAUAUCCCCUCUUCUGUUGAGGAUAUUUGAUGUAAAGGAAACAAGCUCAGUUCCACAAUAAAAUACAAAAAUAGUUAUAA